GUUCAGAUUAUGUCAUGCAUAUUCUUAUACGUAGGAUUCUCCCGCCAUCUUUGUGGAUGUUCCAAGGAAUCGACGAUUUCGGGGAAGUUUUGGUAUAAACCCAUUAUUUUUAGGAAGAAAAGUGUAAGAUCUGUGUCUUUAGUAGUUGAUGCUGUCUACGGGUGGUGCUGAUCGGAGCAUCAGUCAUGAGUAUCGAGACUCUUUUGGAGGCUGCAAAGUUUGUGGAAUGGUCUGCGCAAAUUGGAUACGGAGCACGUGCGGAUGACGAUGAAACGGAUGUCCAAACUGGCGGCAAGAAUGGCCAGACGGGAUCAGCCAAAGCUGGUGCAACCCAGACAGGGUUGUCAAGCAGUCCGCUGUCGUCGCCCGGCUCCUCUAGCCCUGUUGUCUCAUCGGGAAAACACAACGACGAAGGAGACGACAAAAGAUCUGGUACAAGGGAGGUGCACAACAAAUUGGAGAAAAACAGGCGGGCUCACUUAAAGGAGUGCUUUGACAACUUACGUGAAACAAUUCCAAACAUGGACGACAAGAAAAUGAAGCCGUCCAACUUGAGCAUACUACAGGGAGCCCUGAGAUAUUUGCAGGCUUUGAAGCGCAAAGAACGCGACCUGGAAUACGAGACGGAGAAACUUGCUCGGCAAAAGAUUCAGUACCAAGACAAAUUGAUCAAGCUGAAGGGGUCGUACUCUCAUUGGAAAAUUGAGAAAAGCUUGAAGGUGGAAGAGAAAGAGGACGAACGAGAAGAGGACAUGGAGACGGAUGAAGAGGACCGCGAUUCUGUCUCGACUAGUACUUCCACUGCCUCAGAGGCAGAGGAAGAAGAGAGGAAAUCAAGGGCCCAAUCACCGGAGCCGAAAAUCGGUCAUCAAGUCUUGCGUAAAACAGAUCCAGCUGACCAGAAGGUCGAACCUACACUCGUAAGAACUGACCAAUCCUCAGACCAUUUCAUCACGUCGGGGCCGUUUGUAAUCAGCAGGAGGAUUGUCACCCAUGUGCCUAUUACCACUGCCGCUGGACAGCAACCGGUCCCCCCUGCGCACGUGCCUAUUGUUGUGAAACAACACUCCCAGCAGGGGUCGACAGAAAAGAAGGUUGGGACCCAGCCAAAGAACAUGACCCUACCGCCAUCUCAGUUUCAGCCAAAGCCUGUGACCAUGCCUCCUGUUCAGUUUCAGCAGCAGCCGCGGGGCAUUGGUGGAAUCCGUCAACCGAUUCCCACAGCAGCUAAAGAGUAUGCAACUCCACAGGAUCCAACCAGGGUAGCACCCCCUCAGCUCACACGGCGUCAGGUCGUUACACAGUUCAUGAUCAGGCCGCAAAUUCGAAGGGCCACUUCACAAAAGAUGGUGACGACAACGCAGAAGCUGGUUGUGACCACACAAUCCACAGCGCUUCAGCCGGUCCUUAUCCACGACACUGUUGCCCAAUCGCAGCCAAAGGCCCCACCCUUGACCACAGCACAGCCUGUGAUCACCCCUCAGACCACUGCAAAGCAAAUAGUCACUCCUUUGACCACGGACCAAAUGCAGCAGCAGAGUAAAGUCCCUACCCAGACAAUCAAUUCUUCAGUCAAGCCUAAAGUGACCCCCAACCAAGUCAUACGGCAUUCGACGGCUGUAUCCGCUGUUCAAGAGCACUUGAAGAAUAAAGCUCAGAGUAAGCAGCUUAAUCAGCAGCAGAAAGAAUCAAGUUCAGUAUCACACACAGCACCUACAAUGGACCCUCUUACCUCAAAACUUAACGUUACGAUAGCGACGACAACGGCUGUCGCAACCGUCACAACUGCAGGCGGCAUCGCCAGACAAACUGUCAGCCAGCUACUUGGGAAGCAACAGGCAAUGGUUGUAAGGCAACCGGUGCGUCGAACGGAUAACAAGUUUGUUAUGCAGAGAGUGACGCGGCACCCAUUCAGCCCACGCUCCCAAACUGUGGACAUCAUGCCCAAAACCUCAAAAUUAGUGACGAUUAGCACGGACACUUCAGCGACACAAGUGAGCUAUACAUUAUCCAAACCAGUCACAAGUAAAGAACCUCAGACCGUGCAUGUAACAAGUGCAAUGACAAGUACAGUGUCUGUCUCGGGCAGUGGCACUGUUGCGAAUGUCGUCAACACGAUACCGACUUGCUCUGUGGCGCUGCAGCAUGCAACUCCACCGCCGGGAUUGGACGUCCGGAGCUUCAUAGCCGGCCACAACACAAUGUUACCUUCUUUUCAGCAUUACCUUCCCCAGGGAGGUAUUGGGGCGGCCAUGAUCCGACCAAACUUGUCCAACCCUGGCAUGCUGACUGCUGCAAAUGCUGCCCUUCUGAGCCAGGCAAUGUUGGCAAACACACGGAGCUUAGCGCCAGAUUUGACAAACAUAGGCGUCAAUGAUAAAAACCAAGUCAGACUUCACUCACCCCUGACUAGUCAGACCCCAUUCCUCUCGCCAUCUAUGAUCCAACAAGCCAGGGUGUCGGGCGUCACCCAGGGGACUCUCCCUCCCCCCUCUCCCCAAGGACACUCCUUCAUUUCUCCUGGGCUAACCUUACAGCCAGCGUUGACCCAAGUUCUGUUCACUCAACCACCCAUUGCUGCGUACACUGUAGCCAACUCAUCCCAUCAACUUGUCAAUCCAUCUCUUCCACACACUGUCAUCAGACAUCCUUUAGUCCCCACAGCAGGUAUACCUCAGAAUAUGACGACAGUUUGUGUCGCGGGGACAAGUGUACCGCAGACUACAGUUGGUGUAACGUUACCACCUGUUGUCACCAUUGGGGCAGUGGCCUAUCCCAUGCUAAAUACGAACAGAGCGGUUGUGACUGCACCAACAUACACCACAUUGUCAUUUGGACCAUUCCCUCAGUAUCGGUUUCCGUUCACCAAUCAAGUACCCCUUAUAUCCCCAGUGGCGUUAACUAGUAGUCAUAGCGGGGUACCAGUGGGGGUACCAGCGACGUCAGCGACCAAUCAAAUUGUGAGCAAUGGCCAGACAUCCAAUGGCGUCAUAGUACAUGCACUGCCUCUCCAAACGACAACAUCAGUCUCUAAUGCUUGGCUUAACUCAUCGACCAUUAGCAACGGAUUGCCGACUAAAGGAUCGCCGUUUCCCAUAACGACUGCAGUGGUGACAUCGUCAACAAGUGCUGUUGCCAUAGCAACAACUCCAUCUGCGGUAACGCAGCCUUCCAGCAGCACCAUGCAAGAGGCCAGAGUAACGAACAGUCAAGUCGCCGCAACCACUACAUAGCCAAUCAUGACAUAAUCCCAACCUUGGUGAUUCAUUUAUAUGUAAUUCUAAAGGGCUUUUUAAAUGACAACAAUGGGUGACACAAUUUAUCAAGGAUAAAAUGUCACGCCUCAGUUGGGAACUAAGGUGUGAACUGAAAAAGUGUUUUGACAAAUCUGGAAUAGUAAACCCUCAGCUCCCUAAAAAAACAAUGCACAAACCAAAUGAUAACCAUUUGGCAAGUAGAAUCUCUAACAUUGGUCAAGUUCGAGCGUGGGUCUAACAGUCGACCAUUGGGCGAUUUUGCCAGGUAUCCAUGAUGUAUUAAAUGCAUAGGUAGCCAAGUGGUUGACAAAUGGUCAUUGCUUGAACUUGCCCAGUGCUUCAAUCCAAUCACAAUCCAAUUGUUAAAUGUAGCAGGGUGUGUAAAUCACGGUUCAUAUUCCUGCGAAUGCGAUGUGAGUUUGACGUGAAUUUGACAUCACAACUCUGUUUUUGCAGUGAUAUUCGCAAGAGAGUUGAGCAUAACUCAACCCCUGUGAAUUAUUCAACGCGACUUGUGACGUCAUCAUAUCGCAUUCGCAGGAAGUAUGAACCGGUCUCUUUUUUUGUUUGUACAUGUGAAGUAAACCAGUUGCACUUUUUGCAUUCCCUUAGAUGAUCGGAGCAUACUGAUCAAAACGAUGAGCUGUCGAUCAUUGGUUCUGCUCAGAACCACCACUACUCAAAAGAGAUAACACAAGAAGCGUUGUUAAAGACACUGGACACUUGGUAAUUGUCAA